CUCAGAUCCAAACGCUGCCCGGCUCUGGGUGCCCUCUGCUUUAAGCCAGCUGGUCUGGCUUAACUGUGCUUCUGCCAUUCAAUCUUUAUUUUUCUUUGGUUUUGUGAAACUUGUUCUUGUUUGAUACAAGACCUGAACGAGCAAACCCACAGCUGGAGCUGCUGGGGAUCCUUCCAGGUGAAGAGAAAGCGCAGGUGCUUACUGACGAGGCCGGGAGGCGCGCGGGGUCCGUGGUCACGUUCUCGGAUGGACUGAGCUGAACCACCGGAGCCACGCGGCGGCGGAACGCGAGGGUGUGCGGGACUGAGCGGGAGACGGCUCAGUCACGAGCGGCAGCUCACUUCCUCGCGGGUCCGGUGUUGGUCGGGAGUUCAGAUCCAGGAUUUUUCCGCGCGGGUUUCCCGCUGAAUCCUCUGGAAACACGCAGGGCGUUUUCCUUGUUCGGGUCGGCGGUGAAGCGCGAGGACCUGAAGGGUUUCUGUCAUCUUCUGAAACCAGGCGCACGGUUGGGAUCCAAAAGCCAAAACCACCUUUGAGGUCCUGGAAGAAGAAAAAACCCCAGAAAGGCCUGAAGAGACGACGCCCGCAGAGAGGAGGAAGACAGACGGAAAAAAGCAGGAAGAUGGGGAGGAAAAAGAUUCAGAUAGCUCGGAUAAUGGAUGAGCGGAACAGACAUGUGACGUUCACCAAGCGCAAGUUUGGCCUGAUGAAGAAGGCGUACGAGCUGAGCGUGCUGUGCGACUGCGAGAUCGCCCUCAUCAUCUUCAACAGCACCAACAAGCUGUUCCAGUACGCCAGCACCGACAUGGACAAGGUUCUGCUCAAGUACACCGAGUACAACGAGCCGCACGAGAGCAGGACCAACUCGGACAUCGUGGACACGCUGCGUAAGAAAGGCUUGAACGGCUGCGACAGUCCCGACAUCGAGGCCGACGACUCUGCAGGCCAGAGCCCGGAGUCGGACGAGAAAUACCGCAAGAUCAACGAAGACAUCGACCUGUUGAUCAACCGCCAGAGGCUCUGUCAGGGGCUGCCUCCCUCCAGCUACGACAUGGGGGGGCCCAUCCCCGGAGGCAACCUGCUCUACUCCCAUCAGGGCAUGGGGGGCGCUGCGAGCAGCCACAGCCUGCUGCCCGUUUCACAGUCGUCCCUGCAGAGGAGCAGCAUGUCGCCUCAGCGCCCGUCCAGCGCCGGAAACGCAGGACUGAUGGCUUCAGAUUUGACCAGCCCCGGCCUCUCCAGUGUCGGAAACGGCGGCUUCGGCUCGCACUGCUCCUCCCCCGGCCUCAUGUCUCCAGGCGGCGUCUCCAAAAACAUGCAGGACAAGAGCCCGUCUCAGAUGAGCCGCAAGCCCGACCUGCGGACGCUGAUGCCCCCCUCCAGCAACAAGUGCCCUAACAUGCCGACUGUGUGUGAGGACUUUGACCUGAUGCUGAACCAGAGAAUAAAUCACUCCCAGAUGGCUCAGACCCUCUGCACUCCCGCCGUCUCCCUCGCCGCUCAGGCCCUCCCCUCUCAGGCGAUGGGCGGGUACCCGUCAGCGCUCUCCUCCUCUUACGGCACAGAGUUCUCCCUCAGCAGCGACCUGAGCUCCUUGUCCGGGUUUGGAGGUUCUGGUCUGGGAUCGGUGAUGAGCUGGCAGCAGCAGCUCCAGAACCCUCUGCACUCUGCGCUCGGACACAUGGGGAACCUCUGCCAGAACUCCAACCUGAACCUCCCCACCGCUCACCAGAACCUCCACAUCAAGUGUGAGCCGGCCUCCCCUCCCCGAGACCGCUCCGUCGGCAUGCUGGGCGGAGGCGGCAUGACCGGUUACUCCGUGGCGGGCAGGAGGCCCCACGAGGCGGGCCGCUCCCCCGGGGACAGCGCGUCCAGCUGCGGCAGCUCGUACGAAGGCAGCGAGGAGCGCGACUGCGGCGACAGCUUCCUGCUCCAGCCUCUGAGCAGCCAGGAGGAGCAUCACAGCCCGUCCGUCAAACGGAUGAGGCUAACGGAGGGCUGGGCCACAUGAUGGGGGCGGCGCUCCGGGCGCCGCGCCGGAGGGGCGGUAGAAACGUUACCCUAUAGUAUUCUUCUGAGUGCGCGUGCUUUAUUUGUAACGGUCACAUGUACAUGAGGGGCUUUUUUUUUACAGAAAAGGACGUUUCACUGAUGAGUCUGAGGCUCACCUUUAUCCAAGCACCUGUCCUCACGCGGGGGGCGGAGCUUCUAGGUGGGUCGACCUUCACGAGGCUGAUCGUCUACAGCAACCAGAUGAUUGGGGCUGAUGACGAUGUGUAGCACAAAUGCCCCUAGAUGCCCCAUCAGGGGGCGUUUCUGAACAUGGCCGCAUGGCAGCAGCUAAACUGUUUCACGCGGGGUUCCAUCGAAUAUCGCGAUAAAUUCACAAAGUGGUCAUCUUUAUAUUUUACAACAGUCCAGACGUUUUACGGCUGUAAAACUCCACACUACACACUUUAUACACUUUCCUCAGACGCACAACAAAGACACACAUGGGUCUAUUUGUCUGCAAGUGGAUGCAUCAGAAUGGAGCAGAGCGCGAUUUUGCUCCUUAUUCCCACCGAUUUACAUCAAACAAGAUUCAGAAUUUGUUGUCCAUUAUCAGAAAUUAUCAGAAAAACAUUACAAGAACACUAUUUUCAUCAUAGUGGGUCUGUAAGCUCCGCCCACACGCCGACACGUAGGGCUUUCAGGCGCUCUGAUGCGUUCAGGGUCAGCGUGGUCAAAGCUGGUUUUUCUCUGCAGGUUUUUUUAUAUUCUAUUGUUGGGAAAUUGAGUUGAAUUCAGGGAAAAGUUCAAUCAGCUCCUUGGUUUUUCUUGGUUUAGUCUUCAUUUUGGGGCGAAGGUCAAACGCUGGCGAGUUCGCCAUAAAGACGUGAAACCAAACCGUUUUCUGCGAGGGACCACUGUUCAAUGAAAUCAUGAAAAUUCAAACAAUAUUGUUUGUUGUUACAUUGAGAGUUGUGUUUUUUAUUCAAACUUAAAGAACAACACCUUGAAAUCUGAUGCAGUGACUCCGCCCCUUACCUGGUAAAACGAUUCAAAGGUGAUCGUCUGACACAUCAGUGGAACUGAAAGUUUUAUUUUCUCUCUGAACACUUCCUGGCGAGGAUGUCGUACAUGUACUGCGUGUGUGUUUUGUGUUUUACGGGGUGGGCGGGGUCAUAAGUUAAUAACACGUAUGUACAUGUGCUCAUGUAUGCGAAUUUUAACGGGAGAUGAGCGUGAAGAAGUCCGGUACUCGGAGGACUGGCGCUCCUGCUGGAUCCCUGCGGGGCUGGAUCCACGGGCGCUCGGCGCGUUGCGGGUUCAACACACGCGAAUGUACGGAAGGCAAAGAGCGGCAAAAGUGCAGGUGGGGAACGAGUAUGUGCUGGAGGGGGAGGGGCUUUUGACCAACAGGGCGGCGCUGCUGGUUAAAAGGGGGAGGAGGAAGACGAAUCGAUGGUGACUGGAAAGGUUUUAGUGGAGAAGGACGCAACGGGUUGCAUGAAGAAGAAAUCUUCACUUGAUGUGAAGAGUUUGUAGACAGUUUUUGUUUUUAAUAAAAUAAAAUAAAAAUCAGUGAAGACAAUCCUACACGACAGAAAAAUAAAAAUGAACCACAAAAAAUAGUUUUCGUGACGGUUUUUCUAAAUCGACAUCCAGAGGCUGAAACGGCGGCAAACUGAGCCAGACUUGGUUUGUUCCACUCAAACUUUUAUGUCAAUCUCCAGACUAAAACAGAGGAUUAUGGAAAUCCUCACAUGUCAGGGAAACAAAACAAGAACAUCUCUUUGAAAGGCACUUUUUUUUUUUUUACCUGGGGAGAAAACUUGAAAUCAUAAAAAGCCUCCAAUCAUCUCUUUUUUUCUAGAGCUCCGCAAACAUUUAACUUGUUUUUCACUUAAUGCUGAGCGGGUAUCACUUCCUCCUUCCCAAUUCUUAUUCACUAGAAGAUUUGAUUUAUGAUUAAUGAUCAAUUCUAAAUAAAUGUGGAUUUGUAUUUCGAAAAAAAAAGUUUUAAAACUGUAAAUUAUUAUAGAAAUCUGUGGAUUUUUUUUCAAACAUGACACUAAAAGUAAUUUAAUUCAAGUAUUUCAUUGAGGUUAAAUACAUUUAUAUGGUCAGUUUAUCCCAGACUUUUUUGUUUGGGUGACAUUGAACGAACACAGAUCGGACACUAGAGGGCGCUUCCUUUUAAAAAAAAAUAGCAUAUUUGAGUGUAUCAUCCGUAAACAGGAUGCAGUUUCCUGAACCAGAGUCCAGGAGGAUGUCUGGAUUCGGUUCUCCCUGAAUCCAGAUUCAGAACCUUAAAGAACCAGAGCUCAGCAGGCAGAGAACUGUUUGAAGAUCCUCCUUCAUUUGGGGAUUUCUGUUUUCCUUCCGUCAGCAGGAAAACCUGAAACAAACCGACCAAGAGAAAACAUAUUUGUUGCUGUUGCUCAUCUGUUUGUCCACCAACCGGACAGGAUUUCCCUGAACAGAGAUCCACAUAAAUCAAAAUGCUUGAAUUCUUUAGUGUUCCAGUUAACUUUCAGCUAAAUGUUUUUAAAAUAGUCGUUCAGACCGCCGUGCUACUUCGCUAGCUAAAGUGAUAUUUAAGCAGCUUUUCCAUGUUUAAAGAGAUUUCUUUACAGAAUCCCCAAACAGGGAAGAGUUUGACAUUUAGCAGCUCUGGAUCUGGAUCUGGAUCUGGAUCUGGAUCUGAAUGGAGUCCACUGAAGCUGGAUUUUCAGAUUAGCUAUUCAACAACGACUCGAACACAAUUGAAUUUGGUUCAAAAAAAGACUUUAAAAAAAGGAGUUUUACAGAAAGCUAAAGCAGACAAAAAACCUUCCCAUGCUCUCGUCGGUAAAUGAUUAUUAUUCUGCAAUAAAUGUUUUAUUUUAAAAUUUAUUUGGACUUUAGCUCAGUUCCUUCUUUUAUUUUAUACUUGCCGUAUGAAGGUAGAAUUUCCAAAAUACAAACAUAUAUUUUUAGUCAAACGUCAGAAUGAGAAUUUGGUCAAAUCAACAUAACAGUUUUCCCAGCAGUUUGUUAGCAUCUGUUUAUCAAAACCUUUUGGCAAAAACGGCUUUCAUCAUGAAAUCAACCAAAGUUUUGCUCCUUCAAACUUCUGCAGACUAAAGUUUUAGCUGCUGAGGAGGAACAGCUCCGUUGGAGUCGUUCUUUAACUGGAUCUUCUCUGGUAAAAAACAGUCUGGCGUGUUUGUUCAAAGAUCUGCUUGGUAACAAAAUAAAUAAAAACAAAAAAAGUUAAGGAAAGUUAUUUGGAAAACAGCGUAGGUCAAUAAAGUUUCUACUGGAGGGAGUUUGGCGUGAAUGGUUUCUGUGACCACCGUCACGUUUCUCUCUUUGGGAUUGUUGUCGGGACGGAAGCGGCUGAGGGUUCUUCACAUUUGAAUAUUUUGAUUUGUGACUGUAUAUUUGGAGCCGGAGCCCUCUGCUGCCCCCCGGUGGUGAAGCGGAAACGUCCCGUCGGUGUUCUGUGCCUCACAAACUCAGAUGAAACGCGACUGGAUGUCCUCUGUGCUGUAAAUGUCCUCCGUCUCCUCUUUGCCUCCAAUAGAUGCAAUUGUUAGCGCGAUUGUUAGCGGCAUAGGCUGGGCCUUUUGUCGCCACCUGGAGGCGACAAGCAAAAGCGCACCGCUGUUGUUGCGAAACCCUCACUCAGAAAUGUGGUAGCAUGUGAAUUUUGCAAAAGAAUAAAAUAUACAGGCUCUGUUCCAAA